AAAGUUCGUGCACCACCCGCGCGGGCGAUCACCAUGGAGACGCAGAGGCGGCCCGCCAGGUGGAGGACGAAAAGGUGGCUGCGGGAUUCCACGCUUGCCGCUGUCGUUGUUUUAAUCCUGCAAACUGCUGCUGUCAGAGCAGCCGAGCCAGUGGACGUGCUGAAAGCUUUGGACUUUAAGAGCUCCCUGGAAGGCGUCAAGAAAACACCCGGAUUCUGUACGAUGCGCCAAGGAUCCAAACCCGACAUUGCGUACCGAGUGAGCAAGAAUGCUCAGAUCAGUGCCCCGACCAAACAGCUAUUCCCAGGCGGAGUUUUUCCGGAAGACUUCUCCAUCAUGUUCACCGUCAAGCCAAAAUCAGGCCUGCAGUCCUUCCUGCUCUCCAUGUACAACCAGCAAGGCAUCCAGCAGCUGGGCGUGGAGGUGGGCCGUUCGCCCAUCUUCCUGUACGAGGAUCAGCACGGAAAGCCAGAACCUGAGGAGUACCCCCUGUUCCGCUCCAUCAACCUGGCUGACGGCAAGUGGCAUCGUGUGGCCAUCAGUGUGGAGAAGAAGAGUGUAACCAUGAUUGUGGACUGUAAGAGAAAGGUGACCAAGACUCUGGCCAGGGGCGAGGAGGCGGCCAUCAACACCCAAGGCAUCACCGUCUUUGGCACCAGGAUCCUGGAUGAGCAAGUCUUCGAGGGUGACAUCCAGCAGCUGCUGAUCGUGGCAGACCCCCGGGCCGCCUAUGACUACUGUGAACACUACAGCCCCGACUGUGAAACCCCCUCCCACCAGGACACCCCCCAAGCCCAGGAACCUGAGGAAGAGUACACUAACUAUGAUUAUGGCGAGUUCUAUGACUACAGCGAAGGAGCGGUACCCACCGAACCUGCCCCCACCGAAGGAGCCAAGACCGAGACCGUUGUAGACGGCGACUACUUCACUGAUUACGACUACACCAUCGUGGACGGAAGUCAGCCAGAAACUCCCACAGAGGGCCAGAUAUAUGAGGAAAACGUGGACGAUUACGUCACCGGCGUGGAACAGGUCGGGGCGGACCCUACUCCCGCUGUGGAAACCGUCGCCCCGGUUGACACCAACGAUAAUGUGAACGAAUUCAGGGAAUAUGACCUGAAUGAAGGAGAGGAGGCCCAGGAGACACCCUACGAUUACGGAGACUAUGGUGACUAUGGUACUCCAACCGAAACCAUGGGCUCCACUGGCGAGGAAGAGUUCGGCCCCGGGGUUCCAGCUGAAACUGACUUCAGAGAGAGCGGCGUGGGAGGAAGUCAAAGUUAUCUUGGAGAGAAAGGAGAGAAGGGAGAACCCGCCGUCAUUGAACCCGGGAUGCUUAUAGAAGGACCCCAAGGAUCACCCGGCCAGGCAGGUGUCCCGGGUACCCCAGGACUGCAGGGUCCCCCAGGACCAACUGGAGAUCCCGGUGCGAGGGGUCUUCCAGGACGACCUGGAAUUCCUGGUUCAGACGGUGUCCCUGGGCCCGCAGGUACCAUUCUGAUGCUUCCAUUCCGAGCAGGCGGCGAGGCACACAAGGGACCCGUAGUGACAGCACAAGAGGCUCAGGCUCAGGCCAUCCUUUCCCAGGCCAGGCUGGCCAUGAGAGGUCCUCCAGGGCCAGCGGGCAUGGCGGGAAGGUCCGGUCCUGUGGGUGGUCCUGGUGCUUCCGGUCUUAAAGGGGACAGCGGCGAUAACGGACCACAGGGCCCCAGAGGUCUUCAGGGUCCAACUGGCCCCCCGGGAAAGGCAGGAAAGAGAGGCCGUAACGGAGCUGACGGUACGCGAGGAAUGCCAGGAGAGUCUGGGACCAAGGGCGACCGAGGUUUCGACGGCCUUCCCGGUCUCCCCGGAGAGAAGGGCCAUCGGGGGGAGCACGGUCCGACAGGGUCUCCAGGACCUCCAGGAGAAGAUGGACCAAGAGGGGAAGAUGGCCAGGUUGGACAGAGAGGUGUAGCUGGAGAGGGCGGUCCUCGAGGUUUGCUUGGCCCCAGAGGUUCCGCGGGUCCUGCAGGACAGCGUGGUCUUCCUGGAGUUGACGGUCAAGCGGGUCCCAAAGGAAACAUGGGUGUGCAAGGAGAGCCAGGUCCUCCCGGUCAGCAGGGUUUGCCUGGUCCUCAUGGUCUCAUUGGGCCACAAGGUCCGAUCGGGCCUCCUGGUGAAAAAGGACCUCACGGUAAACAGGGCUUGGCCGGUCUUGGUGGUGCCGAUGGGCCUCCUGGUCACCCAGGUAAAGAGGGUCCACCGGGAGAGAAAGGCGCAGGCGGUUUUCCCGGACCAAUGGGAUCCAUCGGCUACCCCGGGCCUCGCGGCGUCAAAGGAGCAGAGGGAAUCCGAGGCCUGAAAGGUGGCAAAGGAGAAAAGGGAGAAGAUGGCUUCCCUGGCUUUAAAGGCGACAUGGGCCUGAAGGGCGACAAGGGUGACGGGGGUGUAACGGGAUCCCGAGGAGAGGAUGGACCUGAGGGCCCCAAGGGCACGUCAGGACCCAAUGGCGAUUCCGGUCCCAUCGGCCAGCCUGGAGAGAAGGGAAAACUCGGAGUGCCCGGCUUGCCCGGAUACCCUGGAAGACAAGGUUCCAAAGGCUCCAAUGGCUUCCCCGGUUUCCCCGGGUCCAAUGGCGAGAAAGGCGCAAGGGGAGUUGCUGGCAAAUCCGGACCUAGAGGCCAACGCGGCCCGACGGGUCCACGUGGUGGGCGUGGUGCCAGAGGCCCUACAGGAAAACCAGGAGCAAAGGGCACCUCAGGCAGUGAUGGACCCUCAGGACCUCCCGGAGAGAGGGGUCCUCAAGGACCACAAGGACCUGUAGGAUUCCCUGGACCUAAGGGACCCAAUGGCCCACCAGGAAAAGACGGACUGCCGGGUCACCCAGGACAGAGAGGAGAGACGGGUUUCCAAGGAAAGACCGGACCACCAGGACCUGGAGGCGUCGUUGGACCUCAAGGUCCAACUGGAGAGACUGGACCCAGUGGAGAGCGAGGACACCCAGGUUCCCCAGGCCCACCCGGAGAGCAAGGUUUGCCAGGUGCUGCUGGGAAAGAGGGCGGAAAGGGAGAUCCAGGUCCUCAGGGGCCUGGCGGUAAGCCAGGACCUGCAGGUCUGCGGGGUUUCCAGGGGGCGAGAGGUCUUCCUGGUGCCAUGGGUCCAGGUGGUUUGAAGGGAGGAGAAGGGCCCCAGGGUCCCCCUGGUCCCAUCGGUUCCCCCGGUGAGAGGGGCGCGGCUGGCCCCGGAGGUCCCAUCGGCCUGACGGGACGCAACGGCCCCCAGGGACCACCAGGACCAGCUGGCGAAAAGGGAGCUCCUGGAGAGAAAGGUCCCAUGGGUCCCGCUGGCCGCGAUGGCAUCCAAGGUCCUGUUGGUCUUCCCGGUUCAGCCGGACCUCAGGGCCCACCCGGAGAGGACGGUGACAAGGGAGAGGUUGGUGGACCCGGACAGAAGGGAGGCAAAGGAGACAAGGGAGAACUCGGUCCACCAGGCCCGACUGGUCUUCAAGGUGUGAUCGGAGCGCCUGGUCCAGCUGGCAGCGACGGCGAGUCCGGCCCCCGAGGUCAGCAGGGAAUGUUUGGCCAGAAAGGAGACGAAGGAUCCCGAGGCUUCCCCGGUCUUCCGGGACCCAUCGGAUUACAGGGUUUGCCCGGCCCUCCUGGCGAGAAGGGAGAGAACGGCGACGUUGGAGCCAUGGGUCCUCCUGGACCGCCAGGCCCCCGUGGCCCCCAGGGUCCUGGUGGAGCCAGUGGAGCUCAAGGGCCUCCAGGUGGUAUCGGAGGACCAGGAGCUGUGGGCGAGAAGGGAGAAAAUGGUGAAGCCGGCAACCCAGGAUCACCGGGAGAGCCAGGUUCAGCAGGACUGCGAGGAGAGACUGGCGAGAAGGGAGAAUCUGGACCACCUGGAGCCGCAGGACCUGCCGGGGCCCGCGGACCCUCUGGAGAUGAUGGCCCCAAGGGUAACCCUGGCCCUGUCGGCUUCCCGGGAGACCCUGGUCCCCCUGGUGAGCCCGGUGCUGCUGGCCUUGACGGUUUAGGAGGUGACAAGGGAGACGACGGAGAGCCCGGUCAACCAGGUCCGGCAGGUCCUUCUGGAGAGGCUGGUGUACCAGGACCUCCUGGCAAACGGGGACCCAUUGGACCAGCAGGACAGGAAGGACGACAAGGAGAGAAGGGAUCCAAGGGAGAAGCCGGAGCUGAGGGACCUCCCGGAAAGACCGGUCCCGUGGGAGCCCAGGGGCCCUCCGGAAAACCAGGUGCCGAGGGUCUUCGAGGAAUCCCCGGCCCUGUUGGCGAGCAAGGACUUCCUGGUGCCUCUGGAAAAGAUGGACCUCCUGGACCCCUUGGACCACCCGGACUUCCUGGUAUGAAAGGUGACUCUGGAUUCAAGGGAGAGAAGGGCCACCCCGGUCUAAUCGGUCUGAUUGGACCCCCUGGAGAGUCUGGAGAGAAGGGAGACAGAGGUCUGCCUGGACCGCAGGGCAACGGUGGUGGCAAGGGUGAAUCUGGUAUUAUGGGUCCUCACGGUCCUCUGGGUCCUCCUGGUCCUCCUGGUAUUUCUGGAGCUCAUGGACAAAAAGGCUCCAAGGGAUCAAUUGGUGGAGCGGGUCAGAAAGGAGACCCCGGAGUGAUGGGACCACCUGGACCCCCUGGCCCAGCAGGUGACAUCAUCCAGUCGCUGCCCAUCCAGCAUGUGUCAAGGAAGAACAAGCGGCACGCCGAUGAGCAGGCGGAUGAGGCAGCGGACGACUACAGCGUCGACGGCCUGGCCAUGGAGGACGUGUUCGGCUCCCUAAACAACCUCAAGCAGGACAUCGAGCGUAUGAAGUUCCCGCUGGGCACCGCCGACAACCCCGCCCGCACCUGCAACGACCUGCGCCUCAGCCAGUCCGACUUCCCGGACGGUGAAUAUUGGAUUGAUCCAAACCAGGGCUGCGUAGGAGAUGCCAUCAAAGUGUUCUGUAACUUCACGGCGGGCGGCGAGACGUGUAUCAACCCAGACAAGAAGUCCUCGGGGGUCAGAAUAUCUAACUGGCCCAAGGAGAUGCCCGGGUCUUGGUUUAGUGAAUUCAAACGUGGAAAAAUUCUGAACUACGUGGACAUGGCUGAGAACAGCAUCAACGCGGUUCAGAUGACUUUCCUGAAGCUGCUGAGCUCGUCGGCACGUCAGAACUUUUCGUACGUGUGCCACCAGUCGGCGGCCUGGUACGAUGCAAAGGCUGACAGUUACGACAAGUCUCUGCGCUUCCUGGGCUCCAACGACGAGGAGAUGUCGUAUGACAACAGCCCAUUCAUCAAGCCGCUGACCGAUGGCUGCGCGUCCAAGCAGGGCUACUCCAAGACGGUUCUGGAGAUCAACACCCCACGCAUCGACCAGCUGCCCAUCCUCGACGUAAUGCUCAACGACUUCGGCGACUCCAACCAGAGGUUCGGCUUCGAGGUCGGACCCGUCUGCUUCCUUGGCUAGCCGCCCCCCCCCGCCUACCAAGAGACCCCCGCCUCCCACCUUUCCCUCUACCCUCCCCCCCACCGACGGACAGGGUCGGUGGGCGCAAAGCGAAGAAGACAAACGAACCGGGGAGUGUCGUUGUGGCCUCUCGUGGGGCCGCAAGCAUGUGACUGAGAAGCGAGUCAGACCAAAAAAAAAAGGACUUUUGAUGCCGUGGCGGGCGGACACGCGCUCGACCACAGACGUGCGUUUGCGCAAAACACUCAAGGUGCUACACAAAUUGCUUUUAGAUGAAACUGUAAUUAUUAUUAUAAUGAUUAUUAUUAUUUUGUACAAUAUUGUGCCUUUCUGAAUCCACCACCCUUAGAGACUUUGCAUGUGUCCCCGUUCGUAAUUGUUUUUUCCUGUUUAAAUGUUGAGAAAAUGUACAAUCAGGACGUACAGUACGUUUGACCAAAUUUGUAAGUAUAAAAAUGUUUGUAAAUAAAAUUGCCUUUUAUUACAACAAGCAAAAAGUGAAACACAAAAGACAUUUUAGUAUUUUUUAAUGACUUAAUGGGAAGUCGAGCCAUAGUAAAAGGAAAUGAAAUAGUAAUAUAAAUAUUGUCAGAAAGUUCUUAUCCUUUAUACGUCAACUAAACGUGGGUCAUAUUUGUCUGUUCUAGAAUACAUGACGAUUGUUUUGCAAUAAGACAUUGUCUUUCAUGUUAAUUUACCAACAAAAAGCCUUGCUGACUUAUUGUGUGCCUUUUAAAACAAUAUUAAAACU